GGAUUUUGUGAAGUGUCGUUGCCCUGGCUGAUAGUUCGAUGAGCGCACUGUGGAGCUGUGCGCAGCAUGGGAACUGGGGAUUACAUCUGCGUAACCCUGCGGGGUGGUGCUCCCUGGGGAUUCAACUUACAAGAGGGAGAGGGGGAAACUUACAGACCCUUUCUCAUAUCACAGGUAGAUGAGAGUGGCCGUGCCUUCCUGGCUGGUGUGCGGGAUGGUGAUGAGGUGGUGUCCAUUAAUGGGGAGCCAUGUGCCGAUCUGACACUUUUACGAGCAUUUGCACUCAUCGACACAUCUAUCGAGUGUUUGCAGUUACUUCUCAAAAGAUAUCACAUCAUCUUCCCUGAAGAAUGUGAAUCUGAAGAGACAUACUGUGGUGAGAUGGCCUCUUCAGGAAAGGCUUUAGAGAGUACCACGCUUCAUAUCUUCUCACCAAAGCACAGGUCCCAAACUCCUCGGGAGCUCUGUGUUUCUGAGGGCCAGGACGAGACCUGUUACAGGGAGCUGGACAGUGACAACAAAUUUCCCAAGAGACUGCAGCCUCUUUCCACUCAGCUACAUGUUCCCUCAUCUGAUGAUCGUGGAGGCUGUGAGCUGUAUUUCAAGGAAAAGAGUGAUGGAGAACAGCAGUGGGUCUCCCUUAGGGACAUGGUGGAGCUGCAGGUGUCUCUUUCUGAGCAAACCUUGGACGAUGUUGGUUGCACCUCUCUUGGGAGUGCUCGUGGAAUUGAAGGGGAAUUCUCAAAUAGAGAAGGUGCUGAGACCUUUUACACUGCCACUACAUUGCACUGCAUCCCAUGCCCUGCCAGACAGCCUCUCAGCCAGCAUGGAGUGGUGGUGAGCUCCCCCUCGAUGCUGGGGCAGGUGGAAGUCACUUUGCAGCAGCCAGCAGCAUCAGGAGCAGGGAGGGGCAUUCAUGUGGGUGGCCCCGGGGUCAGUGAAAGCAUUGGAUCCCGAAGUGAAGGCGAGGAAGGAGGAGGGCACUUCGAAGAUGUUUCUGGGUCUUUUACUGUCUCAUUUGAAAUUCCAUCAGAAGAGGGAGCACCAGUGGAAGAGCAGGGUUCUGAUUCUGAGGGGGAUCAGGACAAACCCAACAAGCAUCGGGCAAAGCAUGCUAGGCUCAGGCGUAACGAGAGUCUGUCUGAGAAACAGGUGAAGGAAGCCAAGUCCAAAUGUAAGCGUAUUGCUCUACUUCUUACAGCUGCACCACCAAACCCCAAUAACAAGGGGGUAUUGAUGUUCAAGAAACAUCGCCAGAGAGCCAAGAAAUACACACUUGUGAGCUACGGCACGGGCGACGACGAACCAGAAUACAGUGACGAGGAAGACGAGUCAAACAGCGGCAACAAACAAGAAACAUCAGCUGGUGAAUUUACAUUUUUGGCAUCUGAAUCAGACAAGCCUUUCCUCAUUAAUGUCCCAAGUUACAAAGGUGCUUUGACUUUCAGCCUGGACAAGGGUCUUCUUGAGAUUGAAAGAAACUUAAACAGCCAAAGUGAGAUGGAAUGUUUGCCUGAUACAAAAGGAAAAGGUGCACUCAUGUUUGCUCAGCGCCGUCAGAGGAUGGAUGAGAUUUCUGCUGAACAUGAGGAGAUGAGACGCCAAGGGAUGCCAGUAGAAGGAUUGCAGGAGACAGAAAAAAAGUUAGUGGAACAUUCAUACAUGCAAUCCACAACAGAGGGCCAUGCUUACAUGGAUAGCAUGGCUGCAACCCCUUAUUCUCAUGCAGCUUCUGGGACCAAUCAAGAUUCUGUGAGUCAAGGAGAACAGAUAGCGUCCCGUGAUGAGCGUAUUUCGACUCCUGCUAUUCGAACAGGUCUUCUCACGGAUACAAAGAAAAGAAAUACUGGGAAGCCUAUGUUUACAUUUAAAGAAACCCCAAAAUUAUCUCCAAACCCAGCUUUGCUGAACCUUCUCAACAGCAGUGGUAAAAAAUUGGGUUUUGAAUCAGGACCUGAGGAAGACUACCUUAGCCUUGGGGCUGAAGCUUGCAAUUUCCUCCAGUCCCAACGAGUUAAACCUAAAAUUCCACCACCAGUUGCCCCUAAGCCUGUGAUCAACCCCAACUCUCCUCCUUGGUCGCCACAGAUAGAAUCAACCAACCAGGACAUACCUCAGUGUGCUGAAAAUAGCCUGUCCACACCUGCUGCAGCCCCUGCUGCAGAGACUCUCCCUGUUCCACAACUAGAGCCAAUUGCUGCACCUGCCUCUGAGCCUCGUCCCCCGCCUGCUCCAAAGGAGACUCCUGUGAAUACCAACACAGCAGAACAACAUACAUGGACUCUCCAGGAGCCAGAAUCUCAGCAGCCUCUUGAAACAACAGCUAUAGAGUCUGAUGUUCAGGUGAAUUCUUCUCAUCAGCCUGAGUCCUCCCAUGUGACAAGCUGGGGUGCAGCACAAACACAAGCACAACAGCAGGCACCUCCCAGUUCUUGGCAUCCUGCUCAAAUACAGCCCCAGGAGUCACUUCCAAGUCAGUCACCACCACAACCACCAUGGAGCAAGUACAAGACCAGAGAAAUACACAGCCACCCUGGGCCCAACCUCAAAAACAAGCACAAGCUCAGCCACUGGUUCAGCCAACCUGGACACAUGCAAACGAACAACCGCACCAACAACAAAUUCAGCCUAUGUGGGGUCAAGCCCAACAACCAGAGCACCAACAACCCCAGAGCCAGUGGACACAGCAAUUACAAAAUGAUUCUCAACAGCAACCACCUUGGGUACAACAAUCCCAGAAAAAGCCCCAAGUACAACCUCCAUGGGUUAAAGAGGUUCAGCCAGAGCCCCAGCCACAACCGCCAUGGGUUCAGCCUCCACAGCACCAAGCUUUGCAACAGUCAUGGCCACAAGCCCAAGCACCGGGUCAAUCUCAGCCACCUUGGGUCACAGGUCAUCCUCAACAUCAACAGCAACCACCUGAUGCAUGGAGCCCAUCACAAGCUCAAGCCCAAGCUCAACCACCCUGGAUCCAUGCAGCACAACCACAUCCACAACCACAGCCUCAAGCUAAUCUAA